UAACACUUCUUUGGGAUUGUAUGUAUAUGUGAGUCUAUAUAAGACCACAAGAUGUAAUAUUUGAUUCACCAUUUUCACCCAAAUACCACACAAAGGAAGAUCUUCAAAUUGGGGCAAAAUGUUAAACAAAAAUAGCCAUUUUGUUUUCACAAUUUUGGCAAUAUUUUUGGUUUUGCCCCUUAAUAUUUUUUCCAAUAAUAAUGUCCAUGCCCAAAAAUCAUUGAGGAGACAUUUAUUAAGCCAUGAAUCAGAACAUUAUGCAGUAGUAUUUGAUGCUGGAAGUACUGGAAGUAGAGUUCAUGUUUUUCGUUUUGAUGAAAAAUUGAAUCUUCUUCCCAUUGGCAACAAUGUUGAGUUCUUCAUGCAGACAAAUCCAGGUCUAAGUUCAUAUUCAGAAGAUCCAAAUGCAGCAGCAAAUUCACUAGAGCCACUUCUUGAGGGAGCUGAAGGUGCUGUUCCAGAAGAAUUACAAUCUGAAACACCCUUGGAACUUGGGGCAACAGCAGGUCUGAGAAUGUUAAAAGGGGAUGCGGCUGAAAAAAUUCUACAAGCGGUGAGAGAUUUAGUCAAGAACCAAAGCACUUUCUAUAGCAAAGAUCAAUGGGUCACUAUUCUUGAUGGUACUCAAGAAGGCUCCUUUAUGUGGGUGGCAAUGAAUUAUUUAUUGGGAAAUUUGGGCAAAAAUUAUAAAAGUACAACAGCUACAAUUGAUAUUGGUGGUGGUUCAAUCCAAAUGGCAUAUGCUAUAUCAAAGGAACAAUUUGAUAAAGCUCCUCAAAAUGUAGCUGGAGAAUCUUAUGUUCUACAAAAACAUCUUUUGUCAAAAGAUUAUAACCUCUAUGUACAUAGUUAUUUGAAUUAUGGACAACUAGCAGGUAGAGCUGAGAUUUUUAAGGCAUCAAGAAAUGAAAGUAAUCCUUGUGCUUUGGAAGGAUAUGAAGGGUAUUAUUCAUAUGGAGGAGUGGAUUACAAAGUAAAAGCACCAAAAAAAGGUAGUAGUUUAAAGAAAUGCAGGAACUUAACUAGACAGGCACUUAAAAUCAAAGCAAAAUGCAAUUAUAAAAAUUGCACAUUCAAUGGUGUGUGGAAUGGUGGCGGUGGCGCUGGACAGAAGACUAUUCAUGCUUCGUCAUUUUUCUAUUAUAUUGGUGCUCAGGUUGGCAUUGUUGAUACCAAAUUUCCAUCAGCUAAAGCAAAGCCAAUUCAGUAUUUAAAUGCAGCUAAAGUUGCUUGCCAAACAAAAGCAGCAGAUGUAAAAACUGUAUUCCCAAAUACUCAAGAUAAAAAUCUCCCAUAUUUAUGCAUGGAUUUGGUAUAUCAAUACACUUUACUUGUUGAUGGAUUUGGACUAAAUCCAUAUAAAGAUAUCACAGUGAUGAGUAAGGUGCAAUACAAAAACUACCUAGUUGGAGCAGCAUGGCCAUUGGGAUGUGCAAUUGACUUAGUUUCUUCAUCUCCAAACAAGAUUAAACUUUCAUCAUUUUAAUGUUAUUUCACUCAAAUGUAACAAUAAUUUCAUGCCCUUAAUUUACUUUGUUGUCACUUCAUCUUGUAGUGUUUCGGCCUUUCCUGCGAGCUUUAAUGCAUCGAGCUCUCCAUAAUUUUAUCGCGUAGUGUUCAAGUAAAUGAUAUUAAUGAGCAGUACUUUGAGGAUUUAAGCUUUCAUUUCA